CAGGAAUAGAUCCAAGCUCCCAACAUCAGCACGAAACCUCACCCACCCCAGCCUCGCCUUCCGCAAAAAAACCACAACUCACCAAACACAGACAAUGCUCUAAACCAUCCCAAUCACCCAACCAACAAAACUAAAUACCAUGCGCAUCCGACUUCCCUUCGCCGGAGCCUUCCUCAUCCUCCUCCUCGGCGCGGCCUACCUCGGUCUCUCCUCCCUCCAGCUCGCUCUCCACAUCAACGACAAAGCCCUCCACUUCCUCACCUUCUUCCUCCUGACCCUCUGCUUCUACUGGAUCCUCGACACCUCGCGCCGCCGCACCCUCAACCUCACUCUCUCCAUCUGCACCGCCUUCCUCGGCGUCGGGAGCGAAUUCCUCCAAGCCCUCUUACCAAAUGGGCGCGACUUCGACGCCUACGACAUCCUCGCCAAUGUCCUGGGGAGUCUCGCGGCGGUGGGAUUGAGUACGUGGUAUCACAAGCGGAUGGUAGAACGAAAACGGCUGCGCAAGAAUUACUCCGCCGUGCCGGGGGAGGAUGGGGAUGGCGAUAUGGAUGUUGAACUUGGAGAGGGGGGCGGGGCGCAGGAGAGUGGUGUGGUGCCGGGACAUACGGCGCCGCAGGCGGUGAGUUUGGAGGAGGAGGUUGAUGCCUGGGAUGAGAAUGCGGAGGAUACGUGGGAGGAGGAUGAUGCGGGGGUUGUGAGUCCGGAGGGGGAGGGGGGGAAGUUGACGCCGAGUGCUAGUAGUGGGGGUGAUGAGGGGGAGGGGAAGAAGAGGGCGGAUUGAGUUGAUUGAGUUGGAAGAUGGCCAAAUUUUGAUGAUGGAUAUGAUUAGAGGGCGUUUGCUGGGUGUUCGGCGUGUAUACCAUUCGAAAAGAAAGGGGGAUUUUUUAUAUGGAUGUGGGAAAGGGUUGUGUAUUUCUGUGCUGUAGGAUCUAUAAACACUCUGCUUUGAAUGCACGGCGUUGCUAGAUGCUAUUUUUAAUUAAAGUGCAAUUUGGAAAAUAUGUAUGUAGUUGCAUUUAUUACUAAACGCC